CCCCCAACACCUGGUCAACUCUCUGACUGACCAACAUACCGGUCUUAUUCAGCUAAUUAGUCAACUUUGUGACAUAAUUAUGAUUGGUGAUAUCUACCUGUAGUAAUUAGGUCGUAUGUAUCUGGUGGUACGCUGAGGACAGCGGGGACUUAUGACCAUGUGUAGAAUCCUGGUGCUAUAUAAACAGUAAUCAUGGCACCAUUCCAGUGGAUUAAAUGUCCCUAACCUCAACAUGGCCUCGGGCCUGAAUCCACUAUUGUCAGCGGACGCCAGAUCGGACCUUGUUCAAUAUCGUUUUACCUGGAUAAUCAAACGGACCCAGAUUGGAGGAGCUUUUCAUAUAUCAUGCCCUUGUCUAUGAGAUUCUCAUCAGUCCACGUUGUGGAUCAUCGUGGAUCACUGAGGCAUGGUGAACUGUAAAUAGUGUACCACAUAUAGGCCUCUAAUGUUUCAUAAUCAUGUCAGGGAAUGACUGAUUGCGUUUAAAUUUCUCACCAACAUAAUUGGAGCUGAUCCAUUUCCGUAUACAUGUGAUUAUUUGUUCUCUCAGAUAUAUAAAUUCACAAGUGCUGACCCGAGGAAAAAUAUUGGAAUAAAUUUUAAAAAAUUGUUUAUUUGACAAUGUCGGUGGAUAAGUAGCGCUGGCUGAUGAAGGUAAUAUGGAGGUGUUUUAACAUUUAAAGUGUGUGUAUUCUCUGUUUAUCUGUCGACACUGUGCGUGAGAGAUGUCAUUCAGACCCCUGUUUGUGCAGUGAAAUAGGCUGUGAAAUGUAGAGAAUGUGAAAAAUCGUAAAAAGUGAAAAGUUCAAAUUGUUUCUGCUUCUGCAUCAUAGAGUCUGUAAUGUCUAUAUGAUGUGAAGAGAAAAACGAGUUCAAAGGAGCCUUUUGUCUUGUUAAUGUUUUCAUUGGAUUUAUGUGAUUUUAGAAUUAAUGUAUGGGAUAUAUCUCGACAGGAUUUCUGGUGACAGCGAUGUUUUUGGAAUUAAGGUAUUAUUCUACCGAGCUGUGUAUUGCAAAUAUAUAAGGCUCGAGUGGAAUAGAAGAAAAUGGUAUCAUAGAAUUCCUCAUCAGUGUCAAGAUUCUGAGUGAGGGAGAAUGAGUUCGGAUCAAUCCCCCUCCUCCGAGGAACUCAAUGGAGAUCUUUGGUCGUCACCAUUAAUGCAUUACACAUCUCCGUUUGAUGAUUUCAAGGAACUGUUUGACGACAUCGACGAAAACGACAAUGUCUUCCAAUUUCCAGAAACGCCCAAGUCAUCCAAAAUACAGACACCAAGCAGGGGAGGCACUGAUGAUGAGCUCGAUUUUGGCCGACCGUCCUCGUACCGUAGCGGCCAGACCAAACGUACCACUAGUUCCUCCUCUGUACCCAGAGCUCCAAGCAGAGGACCCUCAGAUUGUGAUGAUAAUGAGUUUGCACGGCCACUUUCAACCAAAGUUCCACAGGCCAAGAAGACCAGCAGCAGCCUGGCCUCUGGGAGAAAAACACCCAGCGCCUCAGCCGUCACCCUGCGACGUCGCCGAUCCAUAUCUAGCACAGGUGCGUCUGGAGCCGGCGGGGUAGAUGAGGACUACUUCAUGAAGUCCUUUGAGGACGUAGCCAAAGUUCAGUUGUUUUCCUCUCGAGAUCUUCACGAUCAAAUUACGAAGAUCCGUGACAUCCUGUCUGAUCCAAACACAGCCUGGGAGAAGCGCCUUGAUAUGAUGAAAAUGUUGCGUGGAGUGAUGAUUGCGGGAGGUGCCCAACAUGACGACUUCCUGUCCCAACUGAGGACAUUAGAGCCGUGUAUGUCUAUGGCAGUAAAAGAUCUACGUUCCCAGAUUGUACGCGAGGCUUGUGUGACACUAGCGUAUCUGUCUCAACAAUUAGGUAAUAGAUUUGAUCAUUUCACGGAGACACAGCUGCCCAAUCUCAUCGCUCUCAUACCCAACAGUGCCAAGGUCAUGGCUUCCUCCGGCAUUAUUUGUAUCCGAUUCAUCAUUCAGUACACACAUUCUUACAGGCUGAUACCGAUCAUCACAGGAAACCUGACCUCGAAAUCUAAUGUGAUCCGCAGAUUUUGCUGUGAGAUUCUGAACCAGGUACUCCAUAACUGGCCGACACAUGUCUUAGAGAAACACAUAGCCAACCUACAGGAUGCUAUCAAACGAGGAAUCAGUGAUCCGGACAGCGACGCUAGGGCCUUCUCUCGCAAGGCUUUCUGGGGAUUUGCAGAGCAUUUUAAGGACCAGGCGGAUGCCCUUCUCAAUGCCUUGGAGCCAGCCAAACAGAAAAUGUUACAAGGGGAGCUAAGUGGUUCCUCAAGUAACAACUCGUUAAACAGUGCCGAGGGACUACGUAUCAAGUCUCGGCCACGAUCCGCCAGUCAGGACCGUGGCUUUGAUUCCAGCACACUAGGGCGGAUUGGAAAGAAGAAGCAUUCCAGAGUGAGCUCCGCCCGCAGUGACACAGGGGCAGCUGACCUAGACACUCCGAUACGCAGUAGCAGUAAGUCGUCCAAUACGCCUAAAGACAGAAUCAUGAGGUCAAGCAGUGCAGUUGACCUAGCCAAUGGACGUAUGAGUCCGAGUCCGUAUGGGCGGACGUCUCCGAGUCCAUAUGGGCGCACGAGUCCCGGCCCAUACUCAAUCGCAGCAACAAGUUCAGGAUAUUCAACGUAUACACCACGGCGUCGCACGCCGGCACAAGUUGCGGCUCUGUCCCGGAUGACAGCCGGUGCCACAAAUUCACUUCCACGACAGAAAAGCUCUGCUUCGAGUGUGUUAUCUCCUCCUGAACGAAGCCGACCCCGCGGAAGAACUACAACCUCCUCCCAAUCUCAACCCAAUAGUCGUUCUGGGUCACCCUCGUCACGCCUGAGUUACCUCACACACACGACAGGCCGCGCAGAGUCUACCAUGACCCCUGGACGUCCCCGCCGGUCGGGGAUGGUCCGGAGUCAAGGAGCGAGCCGGGAGGGUAGCCCUACCCGCAUGAAUCUUCAACCAGGUCGUGAGAGGAGACUCAGUGGUAGUAAACUGUCGACAAACAAGGGCGGUAAAGGCAAUGUGAUGGCUCAAAGAUUGUUACGGCCCGGAUCAGAGGUGGAAGAUGCGAUGGCCGACGCCCUGUCGCCAAAGGGAGAGCACCCAAAGCACAAAGGUCCGAUGCGGAGACGUUAUGACACAUACGACUCUGACGAUGCGGCCAGCGAGACGUCCAGUGUUUGCUCUGAGCGGUCCUACAGCUCUCUGGGAAGGACUUCUGAGGCGUCCUCCACUGAGUUUGACAAGUGGUACUAUCGACUCCCGACACCCACACAGGACACGGCUGAAAUUAUCACCCUUAUAGGAAGUGGUUCAUAUACUGACAGGAAAGAAGGUCUCAUAGCGCUUCAGCACCUCUUGAGGGCUCACAGAUAUCUAAAUCGUGUGGAGCUCAGAAAAGUGACAGAAGUUUUUGCCCGGAUGUUCCAUGAUCCUCACAGCAAAGUGAUGAGUCUAUUUUUAGACACACUUGUAGAUCUGAUGAAUGUGCACUCCCGCGACCUGACGGACCAGCUGUACAUGAUAAUGACACGCCUUCUCAUGAAGACAGGUGCUGACAUGCUCGGCUCCGUCCAGGCCAAGGUCACACGUGCACUCGAGGGUGUCAGAGAAAAUUUUCCAUGCGAUCAGCAGUUCAGCAUUUUAACGAAGCUACUUAUCGAUCAAACUCAAUCCCCAAACUUAAAGCCAAAGGUUAAGACCAGCAUCCUCCAUUACAUGCACGGCCUUGUGGGAGACAUGGACCCGUCAGACUUCAUGAACUCCACAGACACGCGUCUUGCUUUAUCUCGGAUCAUUAACUUCACCACGGAACCAAAGAGUGCUGAUGUCCGAAAGGGGGCACAAGCUGUUCUCAUAGCAUUGUUCAACUUAAAUCCUCCCGAAUUCUCUGUCAUGUUGUCACUGCUACCUAAAGCAUUCCAGGAUAGUGCCACUAAGAUUUUACAUAACCAUAUACGUACCACGAGUCACGGACAUGAGAGUGAGGUGCUGUCGCCGAGAAACGUCACCAGUCCUCCCAAAAAUAGGAGUCGACCUCCCUCAAGGAGUGGACACCGGGAUGAGGCUGAGACAGAGAAUAUGAAUCCCGAGGAUAUUUAUGAUUCCAUUAAAAAGACUUCCGCUGACAUUCAGAAUCUUAGUUUUAAUAGUAAAUUAGAAAAUUAUGAGGAUGUUCGGAAAAAACGAGAGUUCACAUCUCAGGAUAGUGGUAUUCAGGAUUUACGCAAUGACAGUCCAGACGCCGCUGACACGAGGAAAGGACAGUAUAACCCCUCCCACUACCAAGAUGAGGGUACAUUAAAUGGUUAUAACAAAUCCAGAUUAGCAGAUACAGAAUUUGAUGAUAGUGAAAUGUUUAAUGAAGAUCCCUGGAAAGCAUUGCUUGGUAUAUCGAGUACCAGCACAGAUGAAUGCUCAGAAAAUGAUAUUAUAUCCGACAUCCUUACCGAGUUAUCAAAUCAUAAUGAAAGAAAUGAUGAGCGUAAGAAUGCCAUGCUGUCUUUGAUCAAACUCACGAGGGAAGGCACCUUUGGUCUGUGGGAUGAACACUUUAAAACGAUUCUCCUGAUUCUCCUGGAGACGUUAGGGGACAAUGAUGGCCAAGUAAGAGCUUUAGCAUUACGGGUAUUGCGGGAAAUUUUACGGAAUCAGCCGCAGCGGUUUAGAGAUUAUGCAGAACUGACAACUCUGCGGAUUCUGGAGGCACACAAAGAUUCAGUGCGUGAGGUGGUGCGGUCUGCGGAAGAGUGUGCGGACACGCUGGCAAACUACAUCCCUCCAGAACAGAGUGUGCGCAUCCUUAACCCCAUCAUACAGACGGCACAAUUCCCCAUCAAUCUGGCCGCCAUCAAAAUGCAGAAUAAGGUGAUAGAACUUUUACCUAAAGAAUCUGUGGAGUCCAUGAUGGGCGAGAUGAUACCAGGCCUCCUCAGGGGCUAUGAUGACCAACAGAGUACAGUAAGGAAAGCUGCCGUGUUCUGCCUAGUGUCCAUUUAUCUCACUGUGGGUGAAGUCAUCUGGAAUCACCUCACCAAACUCAACUAUAGCAAGCUUAAAUUAUUAAACCUGUACAUCAAACGUGCCCAGCAGAAAGAGUCUGAGAAAAAGGUCCUAUCCCCCAGCACUAUGGACUCGUGAGAGAGAUUCCAGUCUGGGGUUCACCAGCCCACAGGGAACCAUACAUGUAGUGAUCUACCUAAAUCCUGCAUUCUCAUUGGAUAUCAGAUGUCAUGUGAUUGGUAUCUAAACUUUUCAUUGGAUGCAUGGAUGGUGAAAGUUGAGUGCAUCCUCCUCAUUUGAUUUCAGACAUCAUUUCAGUUGAAAUCGGAUAUCACUUAGCUAGGGUGUUGACCAUAUGGUGUACCGAGUUGGGGACAAGUUACAUGAAUUGUACCCAAUGGCCUGAAUGAUGUUACGGUUCACUGGAUGUUUCAUGGGCUGUACAUUGCUGAACACCAGCUUCAGUCCGGCGUGAUUACAUGGCAGUGAUACAGUUCAUUGCUUCCUUUGGAUGUUCUGUGUCAUGUGACUUCUGUCCGUGAAGGAUCAUUGUUUCAAUCGUUGUGCUUCAGAACUUAUCAACAAAGACAUCACCUGUUUUCUCUUAUCAGUCAUACUAAGUGUUCGAGUAAAUUGUCACCUCGAGGAUGAUGUAUGGUCAAGGGGACACUUAUGAUCCAAUCAGAAUUACUGUAUCAACCAUAAUAAGCCAAUCAGAAUUAUUGUACCAAAUGAUUAUUUUAAAAGCAUUUAGUGUCCUGCCAAUCAUGUAAUUCCCUAUUUUAUCUGCCUCAUUUAUUUGACCUUGUUACCCCUUUGGAGGCCAAGUGGACCAGCCCGCCAUAAUGGUGGGUUGGUCCAGUGCAGUCCAUAGGGAUGACAGGUUGGGACGAAAAGUCCAGGGUCGUCACUUAUAUAUACGAUACUAGUCCUGGUGUAGGUCCAUACAUCUUUAUGUCUUAAUAUGUUGACAUCUACGAUCAAAAUAUGGCUGCACGCAUGAUAUUAUUAUGUUUUUGCUGGGCUGUGUUCAGUGUUAACAAAGAGAGUGUUUUAAUUGUAUCAUAAUUAUGGGUGUUGUCGAGCGAGUGAUGAGUCAAAUGCUUGGCUAAAGUUUGUGAUGUUAAUUUAUCAGCGUGCGACAGUGUCUUUUUAAAUUACAAUAGAAUACUUGCUUCAUCUCGCUGAAAAUUGAGAUGGUGACAGUUUUAGUUUAAGCAAUGAGAGUGAAGUCGAAAUUUCUGAGAUUCAAAUAAAUUCUGAAAACUUAUGCACACUAUAAUGUAUUGUAUGUGAUAGAUGUCGGAGACUUGUUAAAAUGAGUUUUAAAAAUUGUGUGUACAAACAGGCUUUUUUAACAUCCAUAUUACAAUAUAGACGUGUUCUACCAUUCCAUUUAAAUGUAUUGAGAUUCCUGCAAUUAAACAUCCCUGCAUCAAACUCUUCGUAAGAUGUUGUGCACUUCCUGCUUCUAGUGGUUAAAAAAUGGAGAUUCAUCCCCUAGCAUGCGGAUAUAUGGAGAAAACAUCCUCAAAUUUUUUUGUAUGCAAUUUUUGUUUAAUCCGGAUUUUGAGUAUCUAAGCUGUAUUCAAUUGUUUUAGACACUCUUCUCCAGGUCUGGAAGUCAUUGUAUUUGGAGGUUUUCAGUCUGUAUGUUGGGGUCAGUAUCUGAAACAUAAUACCUAAUUUGACCACCGGCAUAUAUUACGACCAAUAGAAAAAUUCCUUGUCCGUCAGACAUUUUAUCCAGUAUUUUGAUGGUACCCCAGCUGUGGUUCAUGUGUCAAAGCCUGGUUAUCGUGACGAUUCAGUUUGCUUGUGACAUUUGUAUGUUUUGGUUGUUACGUAAAAGCAAUAUCCUGAGCACUUUGUUGUACAUUUUAACUUUGGAUGUGACCACACGAUGACUUAGUACCAUACAAAUGUGCCUGAAAGAGUGCUACGGUAUCUGUUCUAAAUUUCCGAUGUGUAUGACGUUACGUUUUCUUUACAAGUCUGGUACGAAGGUUUGUUUUAGAUAUUCAGAUAUAUAUGACAUUAUGAAUGUAUUGUAAAGAUGACUUCUGUUUAAACGACUGUUUGAUAAUCAUCUUGAGGCCAUCUCGCUCUCUCUUGGAGAUGUACCACGCAGACACUGCAGUAAAAACUUUAUCUAUGAGAGAUAUGUUUGUGAAUGGUGUGUUUUAGGUGAUCGCAGAGUGUAGGUAUAUAAAUAUAUACAUGUUUAUGUGAGAGUUCACCCUGUCUUGUUUGUGUAAAUGAAGGGAAUAAUUGACUGUUGUGAGAGUUGGCUUCAGCCUAGAUGUGAGGGUAGACUCUGCCGUUGUGUAUACAGGUACAAGAGGAUUUACAGCUAAGACACUCAUGUUCUGUUGAAUCCUUGAGGAGUAGCAAUUGUAUCUCUAAAAUGCUUUUGCUGAAAAAUCCAGAAUUUUAGAAAGAAACUUGUAAUGUGAUUUUCUCAUCAGGAAUGUUUUUUAGCAUUUUCUGAGGAUAUGCUGUCUAAUUUUUGGUUAACAAUUCAAAUGAAAAUUAAACCAGUUUGCCCUUGCUAUCUGAUGUUGUAUAAUAUAGAUUCAGGUAGACUGUGAUAGCAUUAAGAGAGCAGGUUGUCUUCGGUCUACAUCUGACAUGUUCCACACUGGUCUGACUUCCGCUAGAACAUUUUUAAUUGACAGAAAUAUGUGUCAUUUUAAACCUCAGUUAUGAAAAAAGACCCAAAAUUAAAUAUCCUGUUUGGUAUAGGGUCAUUAAUCAUUUAAAUAUCUCCCAGAUUGGACAAAACUGAAAUAUUAAACUUCAUGUGUUGAAUAUGACAACUGAUUUCAGAAGGAAUAAAGAAUUAAUUUAAAUGCAAAAAAAAUUCUGUGAAUGCCUAUGACACUUGAUUUAAUUGAGUUGGUUGCUGUUGUGACCUAUGAUAAUAUACAUUUCUCAUAUUUAAACUGAUAUGACAGCAUUUCAAGUUAGUCUUGAUUACAAUUCUGGAUACAAUACUGUCGCCCUCAAAGGUAUUCUCUGCCACGGUGUAGCUGAUUGUUGAAUGACGAUGAGAAGUGUAGGUCUUUUUUGUUUGAUAUGUCCAUUCUAUUUAUUUAUACUGUGUCAAAUGCAAUGUGUGUCUCCUUCACCCACACUCUUGAAAGUUUGAGAUUUGGAAGCAGAGAUUUGAUAGCUGACAAGAGUUUGAAUGAAUGCUAUUAGAUGUAUAAUAGAGAGUCCUCAUACUUGGAUAUUGUUAGAUAUUUUUUCCUGACCAUUUCUUCUUAUCAAAUGAUCUGAUCUGGUUGAUUAUAAAGUUUAGAAACAAGACUGCCAUACAUUUUCACAUACAGUAAGUUUGGUAAUUAGGUUCAAAUUUACACUUAUAUUAAUUAACAAAUGCAAGUGCUUGAAGGAUGCAUUCAGAAAUGAUGAAAUGUGAUCUCGGAUCUGUGGAUGAUAGAAAUAGAGUAUGGAAGGUUGGGUGCUAUAUUUCUACAUCAAAUACUUAGAUUGCAAGAUUUAGACAACUCUUAUUUAAUCAUUAAACCUAUUUACAUGAUGUAAGUAUUAUACAUUGUACCAUGAUGAAAAAAUGUAAUUGAUAAAUUCUUAAUCGCUCAAUUCUUGUUACUCUUGGGAUAUAUGUAGCAUGCAUAUGGAAGACUUGUACGUCCUGUUGUUGGACAGGUUUAAUGGUGAGCUAUACUUACACAAUAUUAUACAACCAUGUCUCAGUCCUGUUUUGGGCAAAGCUCAAAGCAAAACAGUUUUCAAAGAAAGAAGAGUUUCUGGUGAUCUAUUAUGACAGUGUUCCUUUCCACCCUAAGAUCACAGAAUGGAAUAUUUCUUCCAUUGAUUUGGAUUAAUCUAUUAUGUGAUUUAGGGGGGAAUGAUAUAUUAGUUAUAUGUUUUACGGAAAUUUAAUUUUAUUGAACUCUUCUCUUUUUGAAAAAAACAGAUAAGAGUGUUUAUGAAAAAAUGGUCUCGAGCUUCCUUACGUGGUAAAAAGAGUGACAUUGUCUCGUAAAAUAUGGUAUCCGCUCAUGCAUAUCCUAUACUUUAGAAAUGUUUUCUUUUUCUUGGUGAAAAGUCAUGACUUGUUUUAAAAACAGGGUAACUUUGACAGUAUAGCUAGCCCUGAUUUUUCUCUUGUAUACACAUAUAAGCGGGAAGUAUAUCUAUAUUCGUUUGAUGAAUACACAGCAUAUAUAUAUACUAUAGUUAUAAAGUCGAUACUUCAGGACCCGAACACAGAUUGUGAUUUAACAUCUUAAAAGGUUUAUAUAUAUUUUCAAUAAAUUUUCUUCUAAAAUUAAUAUCAUCAAGCUAAACUGAAACAAAAGUUUUAAAAAGCAAGUUAAACUGGUUUUGAAAUGCCAAAUUUAUUGUGCUUUAGUUAUUGAAAUUUGGUUAAAAAAAAAAUAACCUAGGUAGUUUUAGGUGCAGACAUGUUGUUUGAAUCAUUGUCUGUGUUUGAAGCUUGCGUUGUCUGUCAAUUCUCUCACUUAUAUGCGUAAUUGUACAUUAAAAUGUUAUGAAGUAAGACAAGAUUGUUAAAUUGAUGUUCGUUUUGUCGUAGAAUCAUAUAAUUGUUUUCUUUUGGUGUCUCAAUAUUUCCCUGUUUUAAAUAUGGAGUUAUUCCCCUUUUUAUAAGACUUGAUACUGCCAUCGUUUUUUUUAACUAAGUAAAAACGAAACUCUUUGUUGAAGAGAUGAUAAAUUUUUUUUAGCAUUUUCCACUUUUAAGCCAUAUGCUGGUAUUAUUUUGAACCUUAGAUUUAUUUAAAAGUGAAGUGUACACUAGUUUUUGAUGAAUAACAGUUUAGGCUGGAACGUUGAAAAUAAAUUAACUUUACACGGUGAGGGAAGUUGUUUGACAGUGGCCUCAACAAUAUAGAGAAAACCAAACUAGAUUUACUGUAGAAAUCACACCUGGCAUUUUGUAGAACACGAGAAAUGUUUGUAAUCCUUUCUCCAUGAUUGAUUUCAUUCAUUAUUGUUUUUGAUAUUAGGAUAGACAUUACAAAAAUUUAACGGUGACAAAGUCACCUAUCACCAAGUACAGAGAUGGUAGGAUAUGACUUCGGAAGGAUAUAGUUCUAUAUCCUACCAGUAACCGGAUAUCAUGAUGAUACAGGGUAGCAAUACUCUUAUAUCAGAUAUGUAAUAUGAUGUAAAGGUCAGGAGGUGCAUGAAGGUCAUUUUAAUAUUUCUAUAAAUAAUUUAUUGAUUUCUAUUACAAGUUGUUAAUGAAUUUAAUUUCAUGUGGCUGCCUUACUUAAUAGGUUCAUACAGGUUGAGAAUUAGCAAUUUAUAAAAAACAAUUUCUUGUGAUGAAAUGUUUUCUGUGUUUAUAGCACUUCACACUGGACCUGUACGUGUCAACAAAUUGUCAUUGAACAGGUUGAGGAAGUAGCAAAAAUUGUCAUUUUAUUGACAUUUUCUUCAUUUUAUACCUAUAUAUAUGACCUGUCAUAUGGUUGUGUUGACAAAGUGUUCACAUGUUUUGUUGACGUACCAUAACUUAGUUAACAUAUUGACAAGUUGACACAACAGGUACUUAAGGCAGUAUGCUACCUUUUGAGAGUUGAUGUCUCCGUUGAAUUAAUGUUCACCAGAAUGUUACUCAAUCCAGGCAUUCAUUGUGUCCUCAGCUAAUUAACAACUUUCUAAAAGCUGUUUUACACAUUUCCUUGUGUAGAAAUGCUUUUGUACAGGAAGUCUAUCAGUAUAGCAUACAGCGUUAAGUGAAAUGCUGUAUAAUUUGAUGUUGUUCUGUCAGUGAAUAAGGUAUGUUACAAUAGUGUUACACUCAGUGUAAACGAUUAAAACGGUGUAAACGAUUAAAACGGUGUAAACUCUGGUGUAAUUCCUAUUUACUCUAUGUUAUAAGUCUGUAUAACCAACUUUAAAUCUGUCAGUCUCGGAGUAGGACUGGAGUAUGAAAUCAUGAGAGUAAGAAGAUCUGGAUCAUUAAGGAAGAAUGAAUGUAGUCUAUAGAGUGUAAGAUUAACUUUGUCAGUGUGCAACAAGCUUUUAUGUAUCAGUGGUGCACACCUCCCUAGGGAGCUAGGGUUAAACAGUGUAUCAUGUUAUAAUUUUGUAUUAUACACGCUAUUACUUAUGUAAAAUCAUGGUAUCAGUCAUACCAAUAAAUAUGAUUAUAAACAA